UUUCUCUUACUUCAACUUUAUGUUCCAAAAUCAUUGUGUUUUCUCUGACUGUGGUGUUGGGCGUGCUGAAUUGAAACUGGGUUUUAAGUAUUUCUUCUGCAUUUUAAAUCUUCCUUUGUUUUUUCAUCUUUAAUGAGCUGGUGGGGUGAUUAGUGUUUGCAAUUGGUGGUUGUUGGAGUCUAUGAAGUGGGUUUCCAGAAUACUUUGUGAAUUUUCCAUUUGAAUGGAAAGCUUGGAAUUUUGUUUUCUGGGAAUCAGAAGUUUUGAGUAAACCAUGUGUUUAUAGUGUCAAUGGUUGUGUUUCUGAUCAUGAUCUAAGAAUGUAUGACCUACUGGGGCUGCUCUGUCAUGUAUGUUCUUUGAAGAGCUCUGCUUUUCUCAUUUCUUUCAAUUUUUGUUGUUGGUGCUAAUUUGGAAACAGCUCAAUUGGAAUGAUCCGGUAUGAGAACUAAAAAGUGGAUGAAUAAGAGAAGAUUCAGUAUUAAAGGGAGGUUGCAUAAGAUGCUCAAGUGUAUGCGUUCAGGGGAGCAAUUAAGGGUAGAUGAAAUUGCUCACUCAUCUGACUCCCUGGCAACUCGGGACUAUUCAGCUAGUGGUGGCUACUCCGGUCGAGCAGGUGAGAUUGAAACAAAGGUGGAUAAUAGCAAUAUUGAAGAAGCUGAGUCUUCUUUGCGUGAGAGUGGUUAUCUCAACUAUGAGGAAGCAAGAGCUCUAUUAGGAAGGCUUGAGUAUCAAAAAGGUAACACAGAAGCUGCUCUUCAUGUAUUUGAAGGAAUAGACAUUGCUGCUGUGAUUCCCAAGAUGAAAGUCUCCAUUUCUAGAAGAUGCGAGCCCAACAGACGUCGUUCUCAAAGUGAUGCUGUCCCACCCAUGUCUAUGCAUGCUGUUAGUUUACUCCUUGAAGCUAUUUUUCUUAAAGCAAAGUCAUUACAGGGUCUUGGACGGUUUGGAGAAGCUGCUCAAUCAUGCAAACUUAUUUUGGAUACUGUGGAAUCUGCAUUACCAGAAGGCUUGCCUGAAAACUUUGCUUCUGAUUGUAAAUUGCAAGAGACUGUAGGCAAAGCGGUUGAGUUACUUCCAGAGUUGUGGAUACUUGCUGGGGCUCCCCAGGAGGCUAUCUUAUCAUACCGGCAGGCUCUCCUCUAUCAUUGGAAUCUUGACAUUGAAGUUACUUCAAAGAUAGAAAAAGAAUUUGCAGUUUUUCUUCUGUACAGUGGUUGUGAUGCAAACCCUCCAAAUCUACGUUCACAGAUGGAAAGCUCCUUUGUGCCAAGAAACAAUAUAGAAGAGGCUGUUCUGCUGUUGUUGAUUCUACUAAGGAAUUUUAUUGCUGGAAGGAUUGAAUGGGACCCAUCAAUCCUUGAUCAUCUUUCUUUUGCCUUGUCCAUUUCAGGGAAAAUAAGGGCCCUAGCCCAUCAGAUUGAAGAAUUGAUUCCUGGAAUUAUGGGAAGACAAGAAAGAUAUUGCACCCUAGCACUCUGUUACUAUGGGGAAGGUGAUGACUUGGUUGCUUUAAAUCUUUUAAGGAAUGUUUUAAAUAAUCGAGAGAACACGGACUGCAUUCUGGAAUUAUUACUGGCUUCUAAGAUUUGCAGUGAGAAUUUGGUUUGCAUUGAUGAUGGGACCAAAUAUGCAUACAAAGCACUUGGACGGUUGGAUGGAAAAUGCAGUCAAAUGUUAAGUAUUGCAAAUUGCUUACUGGGUGUUUCCCUGUCGGUUAAAUCCAGAUCAGUCGCUUCUGAUUCUGAAAGGAUUUUGAAGCAGUCUGAAGCGUUACAAGCACUACAAUCUGCUGAGAAAAUUAUGAGAGAGAGGAGUCCAUAUGUUGUAUUUCAUCUUUGUCUAGAACACGCUGACCAAAGGAAGUUAGAUUUUGCACUUUAUUAUGCAAAGCAGCUAUUAAAGCUUGAAGCUGGGUCCAGUACAAAAGCAUAUACUCUUUUGGCACGAAUAUUGUCAGCUCAAAAACGGUUCAUUGAUGCUGAGACUGUAAUCAAUGCUGCUCUAGAUCAGACAGGGAAGUGGGAUCAAGGAGAACUUCUGCGAACUAAAGCAAAACUCCAUAUUGCACAAGGCCAGCUGAAGAAUGCCAUAGAAACAUAUACUCAUCUUCUGGCUGUUCUUCAAGUUCGGACUAAGAACUUAGGUGCUGAAAAGAGGCUUCUAAAGAUUGUACAGAGUAGGAGCGAGAUUAAUAGAAGCUUGGAAAUGGAGACGUGGCAUGAUUUAGCUAAUUUAUACACAAGCUUGUCACAAUGGCGUGAUGCUGAGGUUUGUCUUUCAAAAUCCCAGGCUAUCAAUCCUCAUUCUGCUCCUAGAUGGCAUUCUACAGGUUUACUCUAUGAAGCUAAGGGUCUCCACCAAGAAGCUUUAGAAUCAUUCAGGAAGGCAUUAGAUGUUGAACCCACUCAUGUCCCAAGCUUGAUAUCCACUGCCUGUAUUCUCAGACAGUUUGGUGGGCAAUCAUUGCCAGUAGUCAGAAGCUUUCUCAUGGAUGCACUACGACUUGACAGAGGAAACCCUUCUGCUUGGUACAAUCUCGGGCUGCUCUACAAAGCCGAUGCAGGGGCAUCAGCACUGGAAACUGCUGAGUGCUUUGAGGCGGCAGCUUUCCUUGAAGAACAUGCACCAAUUGAACCCUUCCGAUGACCACCUAUACUUCUGAACCUUCUAAACUAUGUAUGAUUCUUCUGCACCUUCUAAACUAUGUAUGAUUCUUCUGCACCUUCUAAACCAUGUAUAAUUCUUCCGCACCUUCUAAACUAUGUAUGAUAGUCAAUCAACCAGCGGUUUGUCAAUUAUACAGAAAGGUGAAAACAUAGAAUAUGAAAAAUUGUUGCACCCUCAUCUGUGUUGAAUUUUUUUCACCUGAAAUUAUAUUGAGGUCUAAUCUAUUGCUCUACCUUGCGACCUCC